UGGACUGCGCGAGCUGCGAGGAUCGCCGGGUUCCCCUCCAAAUCGGACGCCCGCGCUCCGGGUUCUGGCGAGGAGCAAACAGCUUCUUGCAGCUGCCCGAGCACCAUGACGCUUCCCGCAGCGCUCGCAGGAGCCGGACCACGGCGUGGCAGCAUGCCUUUGCCGAUCAAGCACCAGCUCGUGCGAGCCUCCGCCGUGGACGAACUGGACUCCCCCCCCAGCUCUCCGGAGGCAGGCAGUGCCGCGGGCGCAAGUCCUGCUGGGUGUCGAGGCCCCUACAAAGUCAUGCUGCUUGGAGAGAGUGGUGUGGGGAAGACCACGCUGGCAGCCAUCUUUGCAGGCCUGAAAGGGGGGGCCCAUCAUGAGGAAGAGCACACAGAGGAUUCCUACGAACGGAGGUUUUGUGUGGAUGACGAAGAAGUCACACUAGUACUGUAUGACAUCUGGGAUCAGGGCGAUCCCGAAGGAUGGAUGCAGGAAUCUUGUCUCCAGGCAGGCGAUGCCUUCCUGGUGGUUUUCUCCGUGACCGAUCGUCGCAGCUUCACGCGAGUGCCCCCCACGCUCCUGCGCCUGCGAGCCGGGAGCCCUCGCACUGACCCCCCCAUUAUCCUGGUGGGGAACAAGAGUGACUUGGCGCGAUCCCGGGAGGUCUCACGAGAGGAGGGCCGCAGCCUGGCAGUAAUGAUGAACUGCAAGCAUAUUGAGACGUCGGCGGCACUACAUCACAACACGGAGGAGCUCUUCGAAGGCGUCAUCCGCCAGAUCCGACUGCGGCGCCGUCGGCGCGAGGACGACGGCUUCAGCCGGGAUGGGGCUGGGGGCCGUCGCGAGAGUCUGACCAAGAAAGCCAAACGCUUCCUCUCUAGUCUUGUGCCCCGGAAUGGACGCUUCUUUAAGCAAAGGUCGAAAUCCUGCAACGACCUUUCAGUGCUAUGA